CUUGUCAAGAACAAAUUCGUAGGCAUAAUCGCCCUAACAAGCUCAUCCAAGUAAAGCUUAUCCAUCAUAGUACUCCUCUGGGCGCCAUAAGAACCCAUCGAACGGCUCCUAGGUUCGCCCGCCAGCUCGGUACCACCUCUGACUACAUCUACCAAGUCCAUUGUCACUCUUCGGGCCCAGAUAAGCUCGUGUCCAAAGGGUUUCCUACCCCUCACGAGCCCACGGAACUUCCAUUGGGACACUUCCAUCAAUUUUUCCAUUCAGUCUUCUCUCCUUAUCCAUCACUUUCACUUGUCCUUCCUUCCUAUCAGCAAGAGAAUGGCCUCCACAAUGGACAUCAUACGCCUCAUGGUGCGCGCAGAUGGUGACGAGGAAUCCACGCCUCAGUGUGUGACCACUAAUGAGUACGACGGCCGUAUGGGAGUCCGGAUCUCAUCCAUCUUUGUCAUCCUGAUCGGUUCUUGCCUUGGUGCUGUCUUCCCCGUUUUUGCCAAACGGCAUAAGGGUCUCGGCAUCCCGGACUGGUCGUUCUUCGUCGCAAAGUAUUUCGGCAGUGGAGUCAUCAUUGCCACAGCUUUCAUCCAUCUGCUUGCGCCGGCGAAUGAGGCGUUGGGUAAUGAGUGCCUCACUGGUGUCAUCACAAAGUACCCAUGGCCAGAAGCCAUUGCUCUUAUGGUCAUAUUUCUCAUGUUCUUUCUCGAACUGAUGACCAUGCGCUACGGUAACUUCGGUGGCGAGGAUGGUCAUGGUCACAGCCAUGGCCAUAACCACAGCCAUGAUCACGUUCCAUCCGCUCCGCAGGGGAGCAACGCUGAUUCCAUCAGCAUGGAGGGUAAAAGAAAGACACCUCCCUCCCCAGAGAGCCAUAAUCAUCACCAUGCACCCGGAGAAGACCAUCUCGGUCAUACGCGCGACCAUAGGGACAACGGCGCGUUGAGCCCAGAUUGGGAGGAGCGUGGUAUCAUUCCCGAAACCUAUGCGGCCCAGAUGACUGCUAUAUUCAUCCUCGAGUUUGGCGUCAUCUUCCACUCCAUCUUCAUCGGUCUUACGCUUGCGGUUGCUGGUGAGGAAUUCAUCACGUUGUACAUUGUGCUUGUGUUCCACCAGACAUUUGAAGGUCUUGGUCUCGGAUCCCGACUGGCAACUGUGCCUUGGCCCAAGUCGAAGCAUCUCACUCCUUACGUCCUUGGGUUUGCUUACGGACUGUCGACACCGAUUGCCAUUGCCAUUGGUCUUGGUGUGCGCAAAUCCUACCCUCCGGAGGGCAGGACUGCACUACUCACGAAUGGAAUCUUCGAUUCCAUCAGUGCGGGUAUUUUGAUCUACACUGGAUUGGUGGAGUUGAUGGCCCACGAGUUCAUGUUCAGCCCGUACAUGCAGAAAGGACCGGUCAGCAGGAUGCUCGGCGCUUUCACUCUGAUGGUUCUCGGUGCCGGACUCAUGGCGCUCCUAGGAUACUGGGCAUAGAUCCGCCCGGGCGCGGGAUUAGCAUGUAGAAUUUUGAUUUCGAAUCUGUGUAUAUAUACAUAGCCUGCUUACAUAGCGUUCAACCAGGAGGUCGCGACGACGGGUAGAAUACACAUCGACCUCUUCUCUGUAUAUUUUAUUCUUUUUGGGUUUCAGCGGGACAUUAAUUCGGUAGGACGUUAAAUCACGACCUGGGUUAUGAUGGAUUUUCUGUUCAUUAUUUUUAGACAUUGCUGCUCUGUCGAGUCCAGCACAGCGUAAAUGAUAGAAGGAAGGGCUUUAUCUUUUUCUUUGACACAUUUGGUCCUUCCAUCCGCUUACCUUCCAUUCCCUGUUGACCUUGUACCUUAUACAUACCUCCCUGACCUGUGCGUAUAUGUGUGCCCAAUACUCGUCAUACUUGGAAACGCUACGUGUGUCCGUGCGGCAUGCCCAAGUCCAAGGUACUUUUCUUCGUACCUUUUAGAUGUACAUAUGUAGUUACAAAUA